CAGUCGUACAGAAGUUUGCAAUACGAUGUAAAUAAUCUUGGUACUAGGUUUUUGUCCACUUGUUACUCGAACUUGUGGUGGAUUCCAUCUUAAGUCUUAUGAAUGGAGUAAAUAAUCUUAUGAUGGUCUCCGUUUCUCAGAUAAUAUGAGCUAGUCUGCAAGAACCUCGCAUUCCGCGAUCUCUAGUACCGCUGGUCGGCUGGCCUUUUAACCGGCUCCCUCAUAGGGUUUAUAUAGGGCAAAAUAAAUAAAUAAAUAAAUAAAAUAAUAAUAAUAAUAAAUAAUAAAAAAAUAAAUAAUAACAAAAAAAUAAUUAAAAUUAGCCUGAACUGAACCAGCCUGGAUGAUGGUGCUGAAAUCUCGGUUACUAGCAUAAUUUUCCGCGUUUUGCCUCUUAAAAAUGUAUUGCUUUUGUGUUUUGUGCUGUUCAAAUGUAAUGUCUGUUGAUUAAUAUUUCCGCAAACGUCAUGACCAAAUAAGAUUACUUCGACAAGCAAUAUACUUUUUAUGACAACUUUUUCAAUCUGUUUUCUUGCAACGAGUACAUUUUACCUGUUAAACAAACUUUAGCCUAUACGAAAACUGCUUCUUGAAACUCGGCUAUUCUUUUCUUUUCUUUUCCUUUUUUUUUAAUUUUGCAUUUUCUAAAGGCAAUUAGUAGAAUUAAUAGAAAAGCCUUCUCCAAGGCGUGUUUUGAGCUUAGUGUAGAUCACAGAUAAUGUAAUCAAUCAAUUUUCUGUUUUAUGAGAGCAAUUAAACUGAGUUUUCUGCAGUAGUCCAAUAUGAGGGCAUAAUCUACCCGUAUGGAUACACACAUACAUCCUUUAUUAUCUUUCCCCAUGGGGGCUUUUUGAAGACAAUAUGGUACAAUACUACAAUACUACAAUGCUGAUAUUUGAGCUAAAUCUAUGCUCUGCCCUUAAGUAUUAACACAGGGCUUCCUUCGGCGUUCGAAACGCGCGUAUUAAUAGUCGUGUAAAGGGAUGGAGAAGAUAGGUCCCGUGCCCAGGUCCUUACGCAACCUUUCAGUGCCCAUUACGGGUAGGCGGCUCGUCACGCAACGACAGGAGCAUAGCGUGGCGAUCCAAAUAACUUGGGAAAGGACAUCUUCCCGAGAUCGGACCGUGCACAAAUAUAGCCUUUAAGCUAUCACCUGACAUUUUCAACGCAAUGUAAUAACGUAAUGCGUUACUUUUGACAGGCUCGGUGCUUCUGAAGCCGGUUUGUUUUAAAAGGUCAAAGGUGAAUCAGCAUCCAUGAAUAUAAACUGACUUGGCGAGCUUUGGGAGUCAGUAAACAAAACAACGAUCUGUGAAAGCAUACUGUCCGGCAUCAAACGGGCAAAAGGAGACAAGCGGUCAAGAACAGUACGAGAACGAGAGGAUUUCGGGUUUCUCACUUCUCAAAUACGCGAGUUACCGCAAUGCCGCUGAAUUUGCCAAGAUGGCGGCGUUACCUAACAGUGGAGCCGGUUGUGUUGUUUUACACAUUUGGUUUGUUCAUGAGCCUGCCGGUGCUGACGCAAUACGUGUAUUACAGAGUCAGUAAGUCCAAGGGCUUUCCUUAUAACAUAUCGGACACUUCAGAGGAGGGAUGCGUCGAUGAUGGCGGAAACUCGUCCAUGAAGGAGUUAGAAAAAGAGGUUCAAGACAUAGCCGCGAAGAUCGACAUGGGCAAUGUCCUCUUUCUGUCCUUACCAUCCAUUUUGAUGGUCCUUCUUCUGGGACCAUGGACGGACACCGGUGGAAGACGCCCCGCUCUGCUGGCCCCUCCUAUUGGGAGUGCUAUCGAGGCUAUUCUUAUCCUUAUCAUAAUGUACCUAGACUGGCCUGUGUAUAUUCUUUUUGUUGGAGAGGCCAUCAAUGGUUUCUCGGGUUUCGCCACCAUUAUGACCAUGGCAGCGUUUUCCUAUGUUUCUGAUAUAACCACUGAACAAAAACUUGCUAUUCACAUUGCUGUUGUCCAGUUCAUUGUAUUCAUUGGUGGUGUUGUGAGCCAGGUGACCAGCGGUGCGUGGUUAAAGAACCUCGGUUUCAUCCCACCUUACUGGUUCAUUUUCGCAUGUCACGUGGCCUCUUUACUGUGGGCAGCUUUUAUGGUGCCGGAAUCCAAACAGGAAAGCCAGAAAAAGAAGAUGAGAUUUUUCAGUUUCGACAGCUUCAGAGCGAUCUGGAGUGUGUACAAAAAACCGAGAAACGGCGGGAGAAAAAACCUCAUCAUGCUUCUAAUAUCGGAUGGUAUAAUCACCCUGGGAGUCAUGGGCAUCAGUGGGGUGGUGGCGCUAUUUGUCCUACGUACCCCUCUCUGCUGGGGCCCGGGAACUCUAGGUGUGUUCAUGGCCUUUAGGUUCUUUAUGCAAGGCUUUGGUGGCAUCGCUGGGAUCGGAAUUCUUAAACGCUUCAUGUCCGAGAUCAAUGUUACCAGGGUUGGUAUGGUGUCACAGUGCGCUUCGCUCGUUUUCUUCGCCUUUAGUGAUCGUACGUGGAUGGUAUUCUUAGUUCCUAUUAUUGGAAUUUUUGGAGGCGCUGUUGUACCGCUAUAUAAAGGAAUGAUGUCACAGACUGUAGAUCCUGAUGAAAGAGGUGCCAUGUUCUCCUCCGUCACCACAGUGGAUACGUUCUGUAACUUCCUUGGCGCCUUUAUCUUCAAUCCAAUGUACAUUCGAUCGUCUAACUUCGGUUUCCCAGGGUUACCAUUUCUUGUGAGCGCCGUUCUUAUCAUCAUUCCUCUAAUCAUGACCAAAUUUUUAAAGGACCCGUCGUCAUUUCAAGAGAUGACAGAAACAACUGAAGAACCUGAAGUGUACGAGGAGGACGUAAAACUCAGUACGACUGACAAGCCUGCAGUGGAUGAGGAAGACGUAAAAUUCAAAGAAGUUCCGAUUAACGACAACGAGAAAGAACCCCAAUCUACGUCACUAUAGAGGGAGGGGAAUUACGAUAAAUAGAUGCGCUUUCCAUUCAACCAAAAAUUUCGGCUUGAAUUUCCAUAAAUAGAACGGCAUUUUCCGGAAUUUUUCCGUCAAAAAGUGGACCACCUCAUAAUCUGACUGGGAAUUAAUUUACCGUUCCAUUUGAUUUUCCUUCCAGAGUUCACGGAAUUUUCAUUUUUCGCCAAAAUUCAGUUAUUUCCGGAUUUUCUGGACCUUUUCUCAGGAAUUCUCCGAUCAUUUACCCCGUUUCGAAAGUUCUGGAAUUCUAGGUUGAAUGUAACGCAACCUUGGAAAUACUCCCCACAAGUUUGCAAGUGUUUGCCCGAAUAAGGCGGGGGGGAGGGGAGGACCAUUUGAAUUCUGACAAGGGUUGGGUGACAUGGUAUAGGCACAAUUCUUUUUAUCCCUUUCAAGGUCCAGGAAAUGUUUUCUCGGGACGUGUACAGGAUAUUUUUUCCCCGUGUAACAAGCUCUUUCGGCUCACUAAACGUGCGUGAAUGUUUUACUGCAGUGGUCGUGUGUAUGAUGUCGUUUAAUGGCAUAAGUAUGCUUGGAUCGCAGAUAUAUAGUUUUCAAAAUCUAUCUUACCCACCCUCCCCCCUCCCCCACAAAAUAAGUCACAUGGUUCACCCCUAAAGUUGUCUCUUUUCCUGUCAUACUGAUGACGUGGGGUCGCUUUGAUCCACGAAGUGUCCGUGAUUGGUUGUUUCUUUCGCGCUCAAAUUCAAAACCGACCAACAAUCAAUCAGAAUUAUGUAGAGUUACGUCAUCAGUUUGGAAUUUGGAAUUCCUGUGUCUCGUGUGAAGACAAGUUCGUAACAGAGGGCCUUCCAGGGAAGCUGGGGGAGCAUGUAUCCUUAAUCCCUAGAAAAUCUCGCUCCUUCUCCCUUGUUCAAAGUUUCAAAGUUCCCCUUUAAUAGCAGAAGUAUCCAUUGUUCCCUCUAAUUAAUCACAAAAAUAUCCCUUGUUCAUUUGUCAUAAAUGAGCAUGUUACUCAAAACCCCAGGGAAGCCCUCGGUGGACGUUUGCGCGCGAGAAGUUGCGGAGAAUCUAAUGGAACAGGUACAAAGUAGAAUAUUAUAGACUGCUCUUCAAGGAACACUUUCUUGUUACUUUCAGGUACCCAGGACGAUGUAAUAAAGUCUAGUUAUUUAGUCAAGCCAACACAUCAUUUUGCUUUACAAAACCCCGUGCUUUAAUAUCAUAUAAAGUGCUGCAAAUUCUGUUAACCUUAUUACAAAAGCUUGACAUUUCCCUGAAAAAAAUUUCAACAUAAAGGGAUAGACCUUGAGCACACCUGUAGUAGAUUAAAAAAAUGCUACUGAUUCUAUGAUUCUAAAGAAACUGUUCGGGUAGGUUAGGGGAAAAUUCCUUAUCAUUUGUCUUAAUAUCAACAAGUGUUCUGAAUCUCUUCUUAUAUGUUAUUGUUUAUGCCAAAGGUUUUUCUUCUUUUUUAGAAACCAGUCAUAAAAAUUCUUACUUAUUGAUACAGUGCAAAUACACAUGUACAAGAUUAUCAAAAAAGGAACAAAUCACUUUAUGAUAUCAAAUUCCGAAUAAACAAUUGCAACAAGAAAGCAACCUA